GCUGUAUUUUUGCCUUGAACAGGCUUGUUUCUGUUUAACUAACCUAGUAAUCAUAGGUUAUCUAUUUAGAUUCAUGGUGAUAUCAUUUUUAAUUUAGAUACUCAACCCAUGCAGUACAGUGGUUAUAAAUUAUUGAGUGCAUUUCAGGAAGGAAUAAAAACAAUAACACACAAACAUAUGUGUAGAUAUCAUGGAAAAACUUAUGAAAUUGGUGAAAGUAUCGAAUCAGAUAAUCUUUGUGAGAGAUGCCGAUGUUCUUCUUUAACAUCCGAAGAAGCAACUAUACAAUGUAUUAGUAUCGAAUGUCCCUCUGAUCUUGGUGUUCCUGUAAAAGAAGGUUGUUACUAUGGUUACAAUUUUUCUCGUUGUUGUCCACAGGAAAUAUGUCCUACAGAAGAGGAAAGUGACAACUGUAAGUAUAUAGAUUUUUAUUUAUUCAAGGACUUUUAAAUUAUAUUAAUUAAUGUAGAUAACAAUAAUAUUUAUUAAUUUAUAAAUA